GUUUGAUCUGCUUUGGUCCCUGAAAAACUGAAGAAGGAACGAACAAAAAAAAAAAAAAAUCAAAAAAAGGAUAAAAUCAAAACAACUUCUUGCGAUAACACACCCAUCUUUAGUAUCUUUUCAUAUUGCAAGAACCCCUUUAUUGACCCAGGUAUUACGUUAGACUGAAAGCUGGACUAGUGAGCCAACCCGCUGUGAUUGUUUUUUUGUUUUUCUUUUCAUUAUAUAUACUUAUAGUUGGGCGCUAAAACACGAAAAUCCAUUGAAUAAUGCCAUUGGCGGGUAAAGACCAUUAUAGUAUAUUGGGGCUUCACCCCAAUGCUUCUGAUGAAGAAAUCAAGAAAUCGUUUAAGAAGUUGGCGGUGAAGUAUCAUCCUGAUAAAACUGAUGAUAAAUCCCAUCAUGAACUCUUUCUCAAAAUCAACCAAGCGUAUGAAAUAUUGAAGUCUUCAGAUACCCGUACCCGGUAUGACGAAGAGAAUGGAUUUAAAUCGAAGCAUUCGCCGGUGAACAAAGCAUAUAAUUAUGCUCAGCAUUUUGCUACUAGCUUUGCCCCUAGAAACCCAUUCAAAUAUGGUGGUGGUGGUGCUAGUUAUUACGAAUUUUAUCGCUCUACGAGAAGGUAUUCUGAUGGAUUAGAUUCCGAAUCGCGAGAGGAAGAGCUAUUAAGAGAAUUGGAGAAGAAAAGAGAAAAAGAACGGUUAGCUGCUGCCGCUGCUGCAAGAGCAGCUAGAGAACGAGUCGAACGUGAACAGAGAAGAAUGGCUAAAGAAAAGAAGGAAAGAGAAGAGGCUGCUAGAAAACGGGAGAAAGAAGAACAAAUGAGACAAUUUUGUGAAAAGGAAGCAGAAAGACACGCCAAUAAACUUAAUGAAAAACUUAAACGUGAAGCUACAAAAAAACAUUGGAAUGAUUCUUACCCUAAUUACGAAACUAAGGACUUUGAUGAGUUCGACCGUCAGUACCUUAGUUCGAAAGAAGCCAGAAUGCGGGAAAGAGCUAGGGCUAGAGAAAACCUAUACGCUAAUAGCAUCCACGAUGAUCACGAUAAUGAUGAUGAAACCCCUAGCAGUGAAGGUGUUGAUGAAUCGAACCCUAUCAUUGUGGAAGAUAAGUCUGAUGAUGAAAAUGUUUCUGAUGAUGAGGAGAAAUUUCAAAGAUACCCUCCUUCAACACCCAACUAUCCUUCUUCACCUCCAGCUUAUCCGGAAGAUGGUAUAAACAACGAACAUGAUAAUGAUGAUGCUAAUUCAUCGUCAGAUUCUUAUGCUUCGGCCUCUGCAGACGUUUAUCCGAGUCUUGAAAAGGAAAAUCUAUUUCAAGGAGAAUCAAAGAAUUCCCAAACUUUUGAGCAACACGCUCACUCUAAUGAACCUCCUGGCACUUAUCUCAAUAUGGAAAAUGUACAACGUCUUUUCAGUGAUACCAGCAUGAACCCUCGCCGUAAUCACCGGUCUACUUUUUCCAGAAGAUCAGUUAGUCCUACAAGAAACCCCCGUCCUCAAAAAUUUAGUAAUAUAAGAUCCACUCCAUUGAGUAAAACAACGUCGGAAAAAUCAAGUACUUCCAAAACUAAAAGAAUGAAAAUAGAUUCUCAUUUUGAUUACUCCGAGCUACGUCUGACGUUGAAUGUUACUGACAUCGGUAACGUAGACUUCCAAGAUAUUUAUGAAAGUUUGCCCAAGGGACCUUCAAAUAGUAAUCGUAAACUUAGUGAAUCGGUAACCCAAGGAAAUCCUAAGAGACCUAAAGUGGCAGAAUAUCUGGAUGGCACGUCAAAAGCUGAAACCUUAUACACCCCCAUCAAUAAGAACGUUUAUCAAGCUCACAAUACUGAAACCCCCUCGCCACCUUUGAAAUCCCGUAGAGUUCAAUUGACAGAAUCUGAUUUGAACUCGUCAAUAAGUUCGUCAUCCUUGAAAUGCCCUCAACCCCCUCAAGUUCCUAAUAUAUCCAGCUUGACCACAAUGGCAUGGAAUCAAUACGUUGCUUCGAUGGCUGCCUACGAUAUACAAUUCGCCCAAUACAAACAACUCAUCAUCCAAUACCAAACUGAAAGAUUUCAAAAAGACCAAGCACUUCGUGAUAUAAUCAACUCCAAUGAAUCCGCCUUUAUGAUCCAUCAGAAUUGCCUUGUACGCGAUUUGGACGUCAUGACUGACUAUACCUAUGCUCUUCGUGCUUUUACUACCAGCGUCCAGCAGUACAAGCAAAAUUGCAGCUGGGUUGAGUAUUCUCAAAAGAAGUAGCUCAACCAUGUACAUUAGUUUUAUUUCACUUUUUUCUGUAAAUACCACUCAACUCUCGGUACUAGCUACCGGCUAAUGCCUCUAAUGAUUACGACCUUUCCAC